AUGAAAACACGAAUUAUUGAUCUACUCGACUUACCUGAUGAAAUAUUGUUGAUUAUUUUCAAUAAACUUGGUUCAUUCGAUGUUCUUUAUUCAUUAUUGAAUAGUACUCAGCGACUGGAUCGCAUUGCAAGAAGUAGUUAUUCAAAGUCAAUAAAUUUUUCCAUCGAAUUAUCGGAUGGACAAAUAUGUCCAAUAGAUUCUGCAAAAUUACAUCGAUUCAAUAUUGAAAUGUUACCUCAAAUACAUGAUCGGAUACAAAUGAUGACUCUUGAGCCUACUAAUAUUGAACGUAUUCUUUCUUCUCAAUUUCCUAAUCUUCAUACUUUUGUUUUGGUUGGCUUUUCACCAGAUCUUCUUUUAAAUUAUUUUACAGAAAACUCAUCAAUUAUUCAUUUAUUAAAAGAACGAAUCAAAUCUAUGACUUUAAAAAUUCGAAAUGAAGUGUUUAAUGAUAUCUCAUUUACAAAUAGUUUUGAACGUAUUCUUCUCAUUUGUGAAAAAUGUACUUAUUUGGGUAUGAAUCAAUCUGAAAUGGUUCGAUUUUAUCGAUUUACAUUAGAUGAUUAUUCUCAAAAUAUUUGUUAUUCAUCAUCUUUACAGACUCUAAAUAUUUAUGUGAAAACAUUUGAUGAUUGCCUUUACUUACUCGAUGGUCGAAUGAAAAGUUUAUCUUCAUUCACAGUACGUGUAACAUUUAUUGAACCAUCAUCAAAAGCUACAGAUAGUUGUGAAAAACUUCUUCAUUUGAAUGAAUUCUCUUUAACAUGUCCUCUUUUUACAACUGCUUAUGAUUGUCGAAUUGUUCGACUUCUUCAACGAAUGAUAAACUUAAAAAAACUAACUUUAUAUCUUUAUACACUUCGAUUGAAAGUCAUUGAUGGAAUUGUUCUUAACGAAAAUAUUCUUUGUCAUAUGUUAAAUUUAGAUAAAUUUAUCUUUCAUAUUUGUAUGUUUAUGCCAACAUGUUACACAAAUGAUUAUGUAUCAACAAAUCAUAUUGAAAAUACAUUUAUAAAUUGGAAAUAUUCUCAAGUGGGUUGUAGUAUCGAUCAUUUGUCUAAUGCAACGAGUUAUUGUCAUAUUUAUUCAAUUCCAAUUCAAAUGACUUAUCUCAUGUAUGCUACGAAGAGCAUUCGAAAUCAUUAUUUUCCAUUUCUCUUUGACUUAACAUUAUAUGAUACACGUCCAUUUGAAUAUGACUUUUUUCAAUGGUUAUCAAAAGCAAUUCCACUAUUGAAAUAUUUAACAGUGGAUAAUUUUCAAGCACAAGUUAAUAAAUUUGAAAACCAAUCAUGUAUUUUAUAUAAUAAUCUUGUUCGAUUAAGAUUAACUCAUGCGCACACUGAUUAUGCUUAUCAAUUUCUAUGUGAUACAAAAGCACGUGUUCCAAAACUUUCCAUACUUAAAAUACAAUAUGAUAAAUUAGUUAUUGUUACAGAUAAUUUUACUAAUAUUACAACACAAAUCAAUUGUAAUCAACUAAAAAAACUUAUCUUCGAUGAAAUUAUUGUCUGUCCAGAACAUUUUCAUGAUUAUUUUCCUUAUUUCACUGAAUAA